AUUGGAGCGCCUCUCUACGUUGUUUUUUUUCCAGCGUUUAGAGCACAGGAACCUCUCGAUGGUUGUUCCUGACUAUGGUUCUUCACUUUUAGUACUUGACCCGUCGCGGACUGCUGACGUCUGUCCGUGUGCAGUUGUGUACAGCAGAUGUACGAUAAAUGCCAUUGAGCGUGAGUGAUACUCACGCUAUGUCAGAAACGGUUCGCCGUCGUGGCUUUGGAAUUGGAAAUAAACAUUUUUCUUCCUAGAAGACAAAUAUUAGUGACGUUUGCCUGUGGCUUGCGCUAUCAGACAAGGAUACGUUCACCACCACUGAGCAAGCCAGCUUGCGACUCCAGUCUGAAUUUCUGUUGUUGGCAUCACGUAACUGUCCCACACAAGUCCGAACCCUCGCCGAACAGACAUCCCUCACCGCUUCGGAUCCUUCUUGCGCGGGAGCUUCGUCGGCUGGUCUUCGUAGCCGUAGACGCACGAGACCGCACGCGACACAGCGGACCGAGCUUAGCAGGCGAUCGGCUGGAUCUGUGCACUCAUGCAGCUGCUGAUAACCGUGUCUACCCUUUUGGGUGUUACAAGCAUUGGUGCUGCGGAAAUUUCAUUUCCGUUCGUAGCACCAUCGUACGUUGUUGUUACCUCUGCCGGUCACCUUGAUCACGAUACUUCCACCGCUCCUUCAAGCCUACUUCACGUUCACCAGCCGUUCUUCGCUGUCCCAUCCUAUGCAAUUCCUGUCAUUCGGCCGCAUUUCUCAACGGCUUAUCAUCCAAUCCAAGGAGCAUACAAGCCUUACUUCCCUGCUGUAUGGAGUCAUCACGAAGGUCGCUAUCAGCAGCCGAUCAACAAUCUUCCACCACUUCCUCCGAUUCCCGAGGGAUAUCCGCCCCUGCCACAGAUCCCGCCGCCAGGAGGACCUGGUGCCGUCAUCAUCACUCCUGGCGCUCCCAUGCAACCAAUGCCCGUUCGACCUUUGCCACCUAGGCCUAUGCCUCAACCCUCCACACCACCUGUAGUCGUACCGAUUGAGUCGCCAACAACGUCACGCCCUAUCAUUCCAGUAACUCAACCUCGACCUCAGCCGGUUCCGGUUGAACCACCGACUUCACGGCCGAUCAUUCCUGUAACGCAACCGCCAUCUCGUCCCGUGACCCAACUACCAUCCCGACCCAUUGUGAUUCCAACCAAACCUCCCCGUCCCCAGCAGCCGCGGCCUAUUGAUGAUGACGAUGACGUCGCCGAUCCUAUCUCGAAUCCACCUGUGCUAACCGCAGAUCGUGGCCCUGAAAGUAUGUUGCACUAUUCAAUCAAUUCCAACCACCAUACGCCGUCUGACAUUAUCGUAGACCCGGUGGAAGUGGUUCAUAUCAAGGGCGCUUUCGAAUAGACAACCACAAUCAGUCAGCCAUUUUCAAUUUCUGCAAAAUAUUUAUUCUUCAUUAUUUAGAAUUGCAAUAGAUCAAUAAAAAGAAUGAAUAAACCAUACA